AUGUCUACAAAAACAGAGUCUUAUGAGUUCCAAGCUGAGAUCUCUCAGCUUAUGUCCUUGUUCAUUAACACCGUUUAUUCGAACAAGGAAAUUUUCUUAAGAGAGUUGAUUUCUAACGCCUCCGAUGCUCUUGACAAGAUCAGAUAUCAGUCUCUUUCAGAUCCUCACGUUUUGGAUAGCGAUCCAAAGUUGUUCAUCAGAAUCACUCCAAAACCAGAAGAUAAGGUGUUAGAGAUUAGAGAUUCCGGUAUUGGUAUGACCAAGGCUGAAUUGGUCAAGAAUUUGGGUACCAUUGCUAAGUCUGGUACCAAAACUUUUAUGGAGGCUUUAUCUGCCGGUGCCGAUGUGUCCAUGAUUGGUCAAUUCGGUGUUGGUUUCUACUCUGCCUUUUUGGUUGCUGACAAGGUUCAGGUCAUCUCUAAGAAUAACGACGACGAACAGUACAUUUGGGAGUCUAAUGCCGGUGGUAAGUUCACCGUUACAUUGGACACUACCAAUGAGAAAAUUGGUAGAGGUUCUAUCGUUAGAUUAUUUUUGAAGGACGAUAUGACUGACUACUUGGAAGAAAAGAAGAUCAAGGAGGUUGUUAAGAAGCACUCCGAGUUCGUUUCAUACCCAAUUGAGUUGAUGGUCACGAAGGAAGUCGAGAAAGAGGUUCCUGUCGAUGACGACGAGGAGAAGAAAGAUGAAGAAGAGAAGAAGGAUGAAGAAGAAAAAAAGGAUGACGAAGAAGAAAAGAAGGAUGACGACGAAGAAAAGAAGGAGCCAAAGAUUGAAGAGGUUGAAGAUGACGAAGAAAAAAAGGUUGAAGAGGAAAAGAAGGAGAAAAAGACAAAGAAGGUUAAGGAGACUGUAACUGAACUCGAGGAAUUGAACAAGACUAAGCCUUUAUGGACUAGAAACCCAUCCGAUGUCACCCAGGACGAGUACAAUGCUUUCUACAAGUCGAUUUCUAACGAUUGGGAGGACCCAUUGGCUGUUAAGCACUUCUCUGUUGAGGGACAGCUUGAGUUCAAGGCCAUUUUAUUCGUUCCAAAGAGAGCACCAUUUGACUUGUUCGAAUCCAAAAAGAAGAAGAACAACAUUAAAUUGUAUGUUAGACGUGUGUUCAUUACGGAUGACGCUGAAGAAUUAAUUCCGGAGUGGCUAAGUUUCGUCAGAGGUGUUGUCGAUUCCGAGGACUUGCCAUUGAACUUGUCCAGAGAGAUGCUUCAACAAAAUAAGAUUAUGAAGGUGAUUCGUAAAAACAUUAUCAAGAAGUGUAUUGAGAUGUUCAACGAGAUCGCAGAGGACAAGGACCAGUUCGACAAGUUCUAUACCGCAUUCUCAAAGAACAUCAAAUUGGGUAUUCACGAGGAUGCUCAGAACAGAACAGCUUUGGCUAAGUUGUUGAGAUACAACUCCACAAAGUCCGAUGAUGAGUUGACUUCUCUUUCUGACUAUGUCACUAGAAUGCCAGAGCAUCAGAAAAACAUCUACUACAUCACCGGUGAAACCUUGAAGACUGUUAAGGAAUCUCCUUUCUUGGAUGCUCUCAAAGAUAAGGGCUUUGAGGUGUUGUUCUUGGUUGACCCAAUUGAUGAGUACGCUAUGAACCAGAUGAAGGAGUUUGAGGACAAGAAGUUGGUGGAUAUCACCAAGGACUUUGAAUUGGAAGAGACCGACGACGAGAAGAAGAAGAGAGAAGGUGAAGUUAAAGAAUUCGAACCAUUGACGAAGGCUUUGAAGGACAUUUUGGGAGAUAAGAUCGAGAAGGUGAUUGUUUCGCACAAAUUGGUUGACUCUCCAGCCGCAAUCAGAACUGGUCAGUUUGGAUGGUCUGCCAAUAUGGAGAGAAUCAUGAAGGCACAGGCUUUGAGGGAUACCUCUAUGUCUUCCUACAUGGCAUCAAAGAAGAUUUUUGAGAUCUCUCCAUCUUCUCCUAUUAUCAAAGCUUUGAAGACUAAGGUUGAAGAGAACGGUCCAGAUGACAGAGUUGUUAAAAACUUAACUGCUAUGUUGUACGAUACUGCUCUUUUAACCUCUGGAUUCACUUUGGAGGAACCUACCACUUUUGCCAAGAGAAUCAACUCUUUGAUUGCAAUCGGUUUGAACAUCGAUGAUGAUAAUGCUGAGACCACCGAGGGUGAGGAAAAGGUUGAAAAGGUCGAAGAGGCUGAAGAGAAGAAGGAUGAAGAUUCUGCUCCAUCUAAGGAUGCUGAAGCUGAAUCUGAGACCGCCAUGGAGGAGGUCGAUUGA